AUGUAAGAAUUGACUAGUAUCAGAUAAACCACUGACGAUGAUAUUAAUACCACUUGCUAAUCUAUCUAAAUCCCUGUGUUUAAAAGGCAUUUUGGAAACAAUCUGACAUUAUUAUAUAUAAGAGGUGAGCCAUUAAUCACAAUUGGUCCCCAUUGGCCUCUGACAUUAUGCAUGAUAGUAACUUUUGGUGCAGCCAGUUAUUUUUUAAUUUUUGAGAUCGCAAUUAGCAAGGGUCUUUACGUAUACUACUGCUCAAUUUUUGUUGCUGCACUGUAAAUGUUUAGUUACUUGAUUACUGCCCUCAAAAAUCCUGGCAUUGUGACUAGUUCUAGAGAAUAUAAAGGUGUAUUGUAAUGCAUAGUUUGUAACAACCCAAGAGACUUAGGUGCAUUGUAUCAUUGCGAAGAUUGUGAUGUGUGUAUCUAAGGAUUCGAUCAUCAUUGUCCAUGGACAGGUAAAUGUAUAGGUAGAGGAAAUAUUAAUGCCUUUUAUAUAUUCGUCACUAUGAUACCUAUAUAUAUUGUAUAUUUCAUCAUAGUUUCCUUGUUAUGA